AACGUACAUGACCCUGUAUGAGGGGGAGGAGACGUGGGACAACAGCAGUUUGGAGCUGGAUAGGAGGUGUCGUCUGGGGAGUGAGGUCACCAGCCUGUCUCUGUCACGAUCCUCCUCCACAGAGAAAGACCCUCUGGACGUACACCUAAACUUCAAAUUGUCCAACAGCAUAAGAUCUUGUAUCUCCAUCUUUAAAAUCGCCUGUAUCUUCACCUUUGUCGUCCUCAUGUCUUUGUUCUUCAGUAUGUAUCCAGACAGAGACAACCCGUGGAGGAUGCUGGCUGUCUCCCCUACAGAGAGCUUCUCGUUGAACCUGACGGAUUUCCAUGACAACGCCUUGCUGAAGCUGCAGGUGGGCGGGCCUUUCGCGAGUGGCAUGGUGGAUCUGACCAAUGAGGAGUACAUCCUUAUUCAGGUGGAGCAGACUGAAGAGGCGGGGCCACGGAGAAGGCGGGUCCAGACGGUGAUCUAUAACUGGACCAUACCUCUGCAUUCUGAACGGAGUGACCAGGUUAUAACGACUAAAACAUUUGAGAUGUUGAGCAGUGACCCCAUCAUCAUUACGGUGCAGGCGUUCGUCCAGGACAACUCCAUGGUCCCUCUCUCCAUGACCCACCAGUCGCUCUACGUCACCAGGGAAAAGCAGGUGGUCAUUGCUGCAGUCAUCCUGGGGGGAGUUUACGUCCUCAUCAUCUUCGAGAUUGUCCACCGUACUCUGGCGGCCAUGUUGGGAUCUCUGGCUGCCCUGGCUGCUCUGGCCAUGAUCGGCGAUCGUCCCAGUCUGAGCACUGUGGUGGAGUGGAUCGACUAUGAAACUCUGGCUCUUCUGUUUGGCAUGAUGAUUCUAGUUGCCAUCUUCUCAGAGACUGGUUUCUUUGACUACUGUGCUGUGAAGGCCUACCAGCUGUCCAGAGGCAAGGUCUGGCCCAUGAUUAUCAUCCUGUGUCUCAUAGCAGCCAUCCUGUCUGCCUUCCUGGACAACGUGACAACUAUGAUGCUAUUUACUCCUGUUACCAUCAG